AACACUGCAGCUCAUAGCUGCUGCUGUGUUGCAGCAACCGGUUAAAAUAGUACAUUAAAAACAACUAGUUUUUAGUUUUGCUGUUUGCCAUGAUCAUGACUGAAGACAGGUUGAGCACGAUGAAAGGGACUCAAACUUUAUAUCUUCUUUUUAUCUCAGGAUUGUGCUGGUCUGCACUGGGAUCUUCGGAUUUUCACAUUAUUAAUAUUGCUAAGAAGAACUAUGCAGAAGCAAAGAACUACUGCAGACAAAUGUACACUGAUUUAGCUUCAGUUCACAACUCAAUAGAAAUGAAUAAUUUGAUAGCCUUAGUUCCAAGUAUUGACAGAGCUUGGAUAGGACUGGAGACUGGAAAAGUGUGGAUGUGGCAUUGGUCCCUGCCAGAUGAAAAUCUGGAUUUUUUUAGAUGGAAGGAUGGACCACCACAAAUAAAAAACGAAGAUGCAUGUGCAUUCAUGGAUAAAGAUGGCGAAUGGAUUGUGAGUGACUGUGGAACUAAAAGAAGUUUUGUUUGUCAUGGAAACGAGGUUGCCAGUGGUCUAAUUGUAACUGAGACCAAAUCAUGGAGGGACGCUCAGAAUCAUUGCAGGGGCUUGUCGUCUGAUCUCAUUAGCAUACACUCAGAAGAAGAGAAUGAGGCAGUGCAUGAUUUGUCUGAGUCAGAAAACGUGUGGAUUGGCCUCUUUAAAGAUUCCUGGAAGUGGUCUGAUGGGAGCAUGUCAUCUUUCCGUUAUUGGCUACCUGCUCAGCCUAACUACAAAGGUCAGAAUUGUACUGCUGUCAUUUUCAAAAAUCAAGGCAAGUGGAAUGACCUGAAAUGUGCCGGAAAGCGCCAUUUUGUUUGCCAAGGGGCAAUAAAAUCAAUUCCAACAACCACACAUCAAAGUACAGAGGGGACGACAGAAGAUCUGACAACUUUUUACUCAUCAACAUCUCAAGAGGCCAUAAUUACUUUUCAUUUUAAUGUGGUUUCUAAUACUUCGCACACCUCUAACGUUACCACGGAAGAAGCAACAACUGCUGAUCGUCCAACAACACCAAAUACCACAGAUCUUGUGUCAAACACGUCAAUCACCGAGCUCAACAAUGCAGCAACAAAAAUGUCAACUGUGACAGCAACACAGCAAAUUCCUACUACUACCGCACUCAUAACUAGAAAUGGUAUCUCUACUUUUACAACACUGAAGCCGACUUCAGCCGAUACCACUUCACCGUCCUUAACUCUAAAGCCCACGGAAACCAGUCAUAGUUUGCUUACAGGAAACCUGAUACUAGUCCGGAAAAAUAUGACGUGGAUUGAAGCUAUGGGAUACUGCAGGGACCACCAUAUUGAUCUCAUCCACAUUACCACCAAAGACAUUCAGGGGAAGGUGGCUGAUAUGGCAAAGAAAGCCACAUCACCCCAUGUUUGGCUAGGUUUACGAUUCACUUGUAAAUUUAACUUUUGGUUCUGGACAAAUUCAACUACGAGUUGUUACCAGAACUGGGCCCCUGGACAAGGACCUAAAGGGAGACAUGACUGUGGUGUUACAGGUGCCAUUGAUACCACUGGGAGGCAGCAGUGGGUAGGCCUGCCUGAGACAGAACAGCUGAAUUUCAUCUGCUCCACAUGCACUGAAUGAGAGUGGAGUAACUUCAGGAGACAUUGUUGUUGUUGCAGUUUUUCUGUAUGCUGUAUGGAAAAAAUACAAUCUUUGUGGAUAGAAAGUAUAUGAUUCAACAUUAAAUACGUUUCUUUUAACCAA